AUGUUGAAGGGGAGUUCAGGGCACCAGGCGUGCGCCGCGUGCAAGCACCAGAGACGCAAGUGCACGCCAGAGUGCCUUUUAGCUCCGUUCUUCCCCGCGGAGCACGGGGACAAGUUCAAGGCAGUGCACAAAGUGUUUGGUGUGAGCAAUGUUGUCAAGCUCAUAAAAUCCCUAGACAAUGAAGAGAAGCAAACUCGAGCCAUUGAGUCCAUAUGUUGGGAGGCAGAGUGGCGUCAGCUUGAGCCUGUCGAGGGAUGCUGGGCUGAAUUUAAGCGUCUAAAUGAAGAAUUGCAUCGUCUUCGACGUGAAUUGGCUGAGAUUCACAUGUGUGCCAAGGUUUAUUGUGCUAAAAAUGCCCUACCACAUGGAUCUUGCAAUAAUAACAAUAACAAUAAUAAUCACAACAAUAGCGGUAAUGGCCAUAGUUGUGAAUCAUGCAUGGGUCCCACCAUCGGGGGUGCCGGCACCUACGGUCUCAUUGGAUUGGAAGGUGGCUCCGAGGGUGGGGAUCAUGUGACUCCUUGCCCGCCAGCACCACCGAGCCUUAAUCAACACUAUUACUUCCAAGAUCAGUUGGCUCGGCUGCACACAAAGGUGGUGAGUGAUGGGAUGUCGGAAGGGGGGACUUCCAAGUUCCCUCGAUUCUGGUUUGGUGGCUAA